CCUGGCGCCGCGUUUUGUGGUUCGGGUCCGCGCGCUUCCUUGUUCUGCAGUUUCCGCGUCGUCGUUGUCGCCGCCUGCGCCUCCGCUCCGGUCUGUGGUGCAGCCGGGACCCAGAAUAAUGUCGCUGUCACGCUCGGAGGAGAUGCACCGGCUUACAGAAAAUGUCUACAAGACCAUCAUGGAGCAGUUUAACCCCAGCCUGCGCAACUUCAUCGCCAUGGGGAAGAACUACGAGAAAGCUCUGGCAGGUGUGACCUUCGCUGCCAAAGGCUAUUUCGAUGCCCUGGUGAAGAUGGGAGAGCUGGCCAGCGAGAGUCAGGGCUCCAAGGAACUUGGAGAUGUCCUCUUCCAGAUGGCUGAAGUCCACAGGCAGAUCCAGAACCAGCUGGAAGAGAUGCUGAAGUCUUUCCACAACGAGCUGCUCACGCAGCUGGAGCAGAAGGUGGAGCUGGACUCCAGGUACCUGAGCGCGGCGCUGAAGAAAUACCAGACGGAGCAGAGGGGCAAGGGAGACGCCCUGGACAAGUGUCAGGCUGAGUUGAAGAAGCUCCGCAAGAAGAGCCAGGGGAGCAAGAAUCCACAGAAAUACUCAGACAAGGAGCUGCAGUACAUCGACGCCAUCAGCAGCAAGCAGGGCGAGCUGGAGAACUACGUGUCUGAUGGCUACAAGACGGCGCUCACAGAGGAGCGGAGGAGGUUCUGUUUCCUGGUGGAGAAGCAGUGUGCCGUGGCCAAGAACUCUGCCGCCUACCACUCCAAGGGCAAGGACCUGUUGGCCCAGAAGCUGCCGCUGUGGCAGCAGGCCUGUGCUGACCCCAACAAGAUCCCAGACCGUGCCGUCCAGCUGAUGCAGCAGAUGGCUAGCAGCAAUGGCUCCAUCCUCCCCAGCGCCCUGUCAGCCUCCAAGUCUAAUCUGGUCAUCUCGGACCCCAUUCCUGGGGCCAAGCCCCUGCCGGUGCCCCCUGAACUGGCCCCAUUUGUGGGGCGGAUGUCUGCCCAGGAGAAUGCACCCAUCAUGAAUGGUGUCACAGGCCCAGACAGCGAGGACUACAGCCCCUGGGCUGACCGCAAGGCUGCUCAGGCCAAGCCCCUGUCUCCCCCACAGUCGCAGAGCAAGCUCAGCGACUCCUACUCCAAUACACUCCCCGUGCGCAAGAGCGUGGCCCCGAAGAACAGCUACGCCACCACUGAGAACAAGACUCUCCCACGCUCCAGCUCCAUGGCAGCCGGCCUGGAGCGCAAUGGCCGCAUGCGGGUUAAAGCCAUCUUCUCCCACGCGGCUGGGGACAACAGCACACUGCUGAGCUUCAAGGAGGGCGAUCUCAUCACCCUGCUGGUGCCUGAGGCCCGUGACGGCUGGCACUACGGCGAGAGUGAGAAGACCAAGAUGAGGGGCUGGUUUCCCUUUUCUUACACCCGGGUCCUGGACAGUGACGGCAGUGACAGGUUGCAUAUGAGCCUCCAGCAGGGCAAGAGCAGCAGCACUGGCAAUCUCCUGGACAAGGACGACCUGGCCCUCCCGCCCCCUGACUACGGCACGUCCUCCCGGGCCUUCCCCACCCAGACAGCUGGCACCUUCAAGCAGAGACCCUACAGCGUGGCUGUGCCUGCCUUCUCCCAGGGUCUGGAGGACUACGGGGCGCGGUCCAUGAGCAGGAAUCCCUUUGCCAAUGUCCACCUGAAGCCAACGGUGACCAAUGACAGGUCUGCUCCCCUCCUCAACUGACAGCCACGCCUGCAGUGCCACAUUCUGCCACCCAUACACCUGACUCUGUCACCACCUGCGAGUUCCUGUUGGGAAGACCAAGGCCCAAGCCCCCUUCAGCUCAGUUGGAUCUGAAUCUCGGCUGUUCCUGGGAUUGGUGACGGGCGGGACUGACCAGGGGGUGACCCUGAGAACUCUAGGCCUGCUGGUCCUGCCAUGGCCUUGGCACAGAGGCUGGUCCUCUUAGGGCAGGCAUCUCUGGUCCCAGGCCAAGAGCUCUAGUUGCCCCUGGUCACAGGAAGAAAUGGGUCACCUGUGGCUGGAAGGGCGCCUACUGCUGUUCUCACCCCCCAAGCCUGCUCAGUCCACGGGCUGUUCUCACCCCCUGGGCCUGCUCAGUCAACGGCUGCCCCCUGGGCCAGGUGUGAUCUGUGGGCCUGGUGGACCCUGUUCUCCAGUGUGAUUUAUCUUAGCACCAAGCUUCCCCCAGGCUCCGCCUGCUGUUCCUGGGGACUGAGUGGGCUCUGCCCAGCUUCCAUCCUGCCUCUCUCCAGGCCCAUCUCCUCCCUGCCUGAGCCCUACUUCCCAUCCAGAACUCUGCUGCUGGCAGUGUGCCCGGGGUCACCAGCUGUGUGCCUGCUGGCUGGUGGGGUCCUGACUCUGCCCAGGACUCCUGGGUGGGACGGGACUACCCCCCAGCUGCUUCCUGCAGGGGCUGAGCCUUUGCUGGAUACAAACUUCCAAGCUCCUGAGCAGAGCUCACUCCUCAGAGACCCUCCAAGGAGGGCUCUGAGCUCCUGGCUUGUCUACACGGGAGGCUGCACACGGGAGGCUGCGCCAUAGCUCAGGUGGCACAUGGAACCGCAGGAGCACAGAAAUCCUCGCUCCUCCAAAUCCUCUGCCUCUUCUACCCACUGCUGGGCAAGGGGCAGGCACAGCCCGUGGAAGGGUGGGGGGACUGCCCUAGGGAGGUCUGGGUCCACCCUCUUCACCCAGGAAGAGGGGCUUUUGGGGGUCUCCCGCCCUGACAGCGGUGCCAGGUCACCAGGGUGUGCCUCCUAUCCCCAGACAGCUGGUGGCUGGCAAGCCCCCCCCCCGCCCCAGGGCUUUGUCUACAGACACCAAAGAAGACACUGAGCACAAGAUUUUUUUCUUAGCGUGGUUUCUCUUAAAAAAACAAAAAAGAACAAGAAAAUCAUUGCACCAGCUUCUGAAGCCUCAAACUAAUUAAAAACAAAAAAACCACACACACACACAAACUAAAAAAUGUCCCUUCCCCACCCCCAAAGCAACAAUAAACUUUCUCUUUGGCAACAAUAA